AUGUUCAAGUGGUCUCGAUUGAAUCACAACGUUGCUGAUGAGGAUUUGAAUUGUGUUUCAUCCUCCCAAACGCCAACUCCCAACACACACCAAGUGGCUUCUUAUGGGAAAGAUCGGAAAGAACAUCCAUUCAAGAGUUGUGCUCUUCCAUCGGAAGUGGUGAUCAAAAUUGUUUCCUUCAUGGAUUUAAAGACUCUCUUUUCGUUCGCUGCCACCGAUCAAUUUCUGUUGAAAUUUCUAUUCAACCAAUCACCCUCUCGAGCCAAAGAAUAUAUCAAGUUGAAAUCAAAACGCAUCAAUUCAUUGAGCGAAACGGAUGUUCCUCAACUUGCAAAACAAUACAAAAAACAAGAGGAAGAGAAAGAGUUUGAAGUAGUUCAAAGAGAAGUGUGGAAACCCUUGGUUUGUUAUUAUUUCCCUCAAUUCGAAAAAUCAUUGAAUGUCAAGAAUUGGAUGCAUGUGUUGCGCAGAAGAGUGAACCAUUUGAAACUUUACGCUCCAUCGGUUCUUCCACUCUCUCGAAACGUAACAACAGAUCCUUUCAAAUUCAAUGUAUUGUUGAACGUUGAUGACAGCUCAUUCUUUAUUGAGGGAUGCGAAUUCAAUUACAAAUGCCCACUCAAGUACGAUCAAUUACAGUAUGUAACUGAGAAUACACGAUUCUGUGAGCAAUGUCACAAAACAGUUUACAGAACGAAUGAUAUUACUGAAUUCAAGAAUCAUGUCUCUAAUGGCCAUUGCAUUGCCUUCUCAAUGAAAAUUGAUACGCUUGAGUUUGAUAUCAUGGGAGAUAUGUACUAUCCACCUGAAGAAACACAUGUUUAA